GCUCUGGAGUUUGAUCCUUGUGUGCACUUGGAGUAGAAGUGUUAGUAGAGUUUAAUGAUUGAUCUGAGAAGGCACCAUGGCUGUCCUCCGGAUCCUUGCCUCUAUCCUUGUCGCUCUCUGCGCUUACCAUUUCUACAACCAGAAAACCUUCUCUGAAGAACUGGUGCGAGGGAAACGGAUCCUGGUGACGGGUGCAAGCACAGGGAUUGGAGAGCAAAUUGCCUACGAAUUGGCACGGAUGGGGGCCCAUGUGAUGGUGACAGCCAGGAGAGAGAAGCGACUCCAGGAGGUAGUCCAAAAAUGCCUAGACCUGGGUGCCAGCUCUGCUCAAUACGUUGCAGCAGACAUGAGCAAUUUGACGGCUGCCCAGAAGGUGAUGGAAGAAACCAAGGAUGCGCUGGGAGGCCUUGACCACCUUAUAUUGAACCACGUGGGGCUAACUUUUCAGUUCGGUCCGUUCCAAAGAGACGUGGAGAUCGUGAUCAAGACCAUGACCAUCAACUUCUUCAGCUACGUCCAGCUGACCAUUUUGGCGCUGGAUAUGUUGCAAGACUCUCACGGGAGCAUCAUCGUCGUAUCUUCCAUGAGCGGCCGCGUCCCCUCCCCGUUCGCUGUCCCAUAUGGAGCAAGUAAAUCCGCCCUAGAGGGCUUCUACAGCAGCCUGCGCACUGAACUUCGCCUUAUGAAAGCCGAGCUGCCUGUCACCAUUGCAGUCUUGGGGUACAUCGACACAGACAUGGCUAUGAACGCCAUAGGGGACAAAACAUUGAUGUCGCCAAGUUCAAAGGAAGAAUGCGCCCGGGAAAUUGUGAAAGGAGGCAUGCUGAGACAACGGGAGGUUUUCUAUCCUUACUGGAGCACUAAACCUCCUCUCCUCCUCCGAGACUGGAUGCCAGAAUUUUUGGAAUACCUCAUUGGCAAAGCCUACGUUGUGGAGAAUAUCAUAUAGAUAGAAAAGGGUGGUGGGUCUGUUACUAGUACGCCGUUCGAGAAAUAAAAA